UAGCGGUACGACCGAUGGUCGCGCCAUCUAAGUUACUAGAAGGCUAGGGAACCACGCUAGCAAGUGUGGUCACCAGACGAGUACAGUCUGUGCGUAGCCGUCGAGAAGUGUACAACAAAGAAAAGCAAGUCGCAUCCUAACAAUAAAGAUCAUAAAACAAAUUCAGUCUAAUAUUAUCUUUACUAUAGAGAAACCCUCUACACUAAUCUUGACUGUUUCGCCAUCUGUCAAAGAUAUUUAUAAAACAUUCAUUGAAAUCCUAACCUAUUCGUGCAAUCUGCAGAUAUGCUAAGAAAAGUAUUUAUAUCCUAAGGCAAAAUGCAGCACGACGAUGUUGUUUGGAGUAUAAUCAAUAAAUCCUUUUGUUCAUUUAAAGUGAACACCAAAACACAGAGAUUUUGUAGAAAUGAAUAUAACCUAACUGGAUUAUGCAGCCGGUCAUCAUGCCCUCUUGCAAAUAGUCAAUAUGCAACCAUUAGAGAAGAAAAUGGUAUUAUUUAUUUGUAUAUGAGAACUGCUGAAAGAGUACAUUUUCCAAAGAAUAUGUGGGAGAAAGUAAAACUUUCCAGAAAUUUUGAAAAAGCUAUCUAUCAAAUCAAUGAGAAUUUAUUGUAUUGGCCAGGUUUUAUAAAAGCAAAAUGCAAACAAAGAUUUCUUAAGAUAACUCAAUACCUCAUACGUAUGAGAAAACUUAAAUUAAGGAGACAGAAGAAAAUAGUACCACUUUCUAGGAAAAUUGAAAGACGUGAAAGACGUAGAGAAGAAAAGGCUCUUAUUGCUGCAAAAGUAGAAAACGUUAUCGAAAGGGAGCUUAUGGAAAGAUUGAAACAAGGAGUUUACAAUGAAAUUUACAACUUCCCGCAAAAAGUAUUUGAUAAAGCUAUAGAAACUGUUGAAGUUGAAGGUGAAGAUGAGAGUGAAGCGGAAAGCGAAAUGGAAGAGGAGAGAGGAAAUAUUGAAAAGGAAGUAGAAGUGGAAUUGGAAGCAGAUGAAAGGAGAGCAAUAGCUAAUGGACCAAGAUACGUAGAAGCAGAUAGUGAUGAUGAGGAUGAUGAUGAUGAUGAUGACGAAGAAUACAAUUUUAAUGAAGCAUCUAUGGAUGAAGAUAGCGAUUCUGGUCAAAAGGAAUUAACUGAAUUAUCUGAUAGUUUUGAAUCAGACACUGAAGAUAUUGAGGAAAUUGUGCCAUCAACGAGUAAAGCAAAACGAUCGAAAACUACAGAUAAGAAAUCUCAAAAGAAGAAAAGAUUACGUCCAAGAAUUGAAAUUGAAUAUGAAAUUGAGAAUGAACCUCCUUUAAAACAAAAAGUAUAGAAAAAUAUUCAAAAUAAUUCUUUUAAUUAUAUUUUCAAUAAACUAAAUUAAGUAAGUUCAUGAUUGUUUACAUUAUUAUUGUACCUUUAACUUUAAUAAUGUUUAAUUUUUUCUUAUAUCUUUCAAUGUACAUAAUCAUGGACUGUUUCUUUUAAAAAUUAUU